GCUCCUGAGAUUUGGCCAGGCCCUUGUCGCCUUCGCUGUCGCCGCCGCCGCCAUGGCUCAGUACAAGGGUGCAGCGAGCGAGGCGGGCCGCGCCAUGCACCUGAUGAAGAAGCGGGAGAAGCAGCGCGAGCAGAUGGAGCAAAUGAAGCAGAGGAUCGCCGAGGAGAACAUCAUGAAAUCCAACAUUGACAAGAAGUUCUCUGCACACUAUGACGCCGUGGAGGCAGAGCUCAAGUCCAGCACCGUGGGUCUGGUGACUCUGAAUGACAUGAAGGCGAAGCAGCAGGCACUGGUGAAGGAGCGGGAGAAGCAGCUGGCCAAGAAGGAGCAGUCGAAGGAGCUGCAGCUGAAGCUGGAGAAACUGCGAGAGAAGGAGCGCAAGAAGGAGGCCAAGCGGGAGAUCUCCAGCCUGUCCUUUACACUGGAGGAAGAAGAGGAGGCAGGCGAGGAGGAGGAAGAGGUGGUCAUGUAUGAGGAGGAGCUGGAAAGGGAAGAGGUCACCACAAAGAAGAGGAAACUGGGGAAGAAUCCAGAUGUGGACACCAGCUUCCUGCCUGACCGAGACCGGGAGGAGGAGGAGAAUCGGCUCUGGGAAGAGCUCCGGCAGGAGUGGGAAGCCAAGCAGGAGAAGAUCAAGAGCGAGGAGAUUGAAAUCACGUUCAGUUACUGGGAUGGCUCUGGACACCGGCGAACAGUCAAGAUGAAAAAGGGCAACACAAUGCAGCAGUUCCUGCAGAAGGCACUGGAGAUCCUGCGCAAAGACUUCAGUGAGCUCAGGUCAGCAGGAGUGGAGCAGCUCAUGUACAUCAAGGAGGACCUAAUCAUACCCCACCACCACAGCUUUUACGACUUCAUUGUCACCAAGGCACGAGGAAAGAGUGGGCCUCUCUUUAACUUCGAUGUUCACGACGAUGUGCGGCUGCUCAGUGACGCCACAGUGGAGAAGGAUGAGUCGCAUGCAGGCAAGGUGGUGCUGAGGAGCUGGUAUGAGAAGAACAAGCACAUUUUCCCCGCCAGCCGCUGGGAGCCCUACGACCCCGAGAAGAAGUGGGACAAGUACACGAUCCGGUGAAGGUGGAGGUGCACGGUCCCCCUUUCCCCGCGGCUCCAGGACUCUGGGCACCUGGCCCUCUCUCUGAGACAGGAUGGGCCAAUCAUCUGCUGCCCCGGCGCUGUCAUUACUGCUUUUUUCUUUUAUGAUAAAGAAACGUCCAUGUCAGUUGGAGCACCUGCACUGUUUCAUUGAAAAAAAUUUUUUUAUCGAGAUAAAACUCGCAUAAUGUGAAAUUCACCAUUUUGACCACUGGCAAAUGUACCAUUCAGGGUUGUUUAGUACAUUCACACUGUUGUGAGUCACCCCAAAAGGAGACCCCACAUCUGUUAGCAGUACCCCCCAGCCCCUCACACCCCCAGACUACUUUCUGUCUGGAUGGAUUUGCCUGUUCUGGAAGUUUCGCAUAAAUGGAAUGAUAUGAAAAAAAAAAAAA